AUGCGUUACAACUUCAUCGCCGUUACCCUCGCCUGCUUGGCCACAUCGGUCAUCAGCGCGCCCCUGCCUCAGUUGGACAGCAUUGUGGGCUCAAUCACCAGCCCAUCUGCUGGCAUUGGAAACACCAUCGCAGGCAACGGUGUUGGCAACGGAAACGGGAACGGAAACGGCAACACUGCAGGAAACGGCAACGGCAACAGCAAUGAGGCUGGCACCGGCAACACUGCGGGCAACGGCAACACCUUGAACGGACGCCAGACUAUUCCUACCAUCCCAACCAUCCCAACCGUCUCCGGUCUCCCGACUAUUCCUUCGGGCAUUCCCAGCAUCCCCAGCGUUCCUAGCAUCCCAAGCAUCCCGAGUGUGCCCAGCAUCCCUGGUGCCAUCCCAUCAGUUCUCCCCAGCAUCCCAUCAGUUCUUCCCAGCGUUCCAUCCACCCCCAGCCUGCCCAUUCGUCAACUCGCGGGUCUUGACACAAUCACCAACACUGUUGGCUCGAUCACCAGCCCCGCUGCUGGUAACGGAAACACCAUCACUGGCAACGGUGCUGGUAACGGAAACGGCAAUGGAAACGGAAACUCCGCCGGUAACGGCAACGGCAACGGAAACACUGCUGGAUCCGACAACACUGCCGGCAACGGCAACACCGUCAACGUGAGUCCAUCAGUAUCCCUGAGCCCAAGUGUUAGCUUGACUAAGCGUUUCUCCGCAUAA